CUCAUCCAUACGUUCCGCUCGAAGCAUAACUAGCAGCUCGCUUGCCUGUGCGGUGGACAGAAGCUCGCAAUUCCCGAAGAAUAUUAGACUGGAUGUGGUAUCACCCGCUGAGCCCGCCUUUGCCCUCCAUGGCAAGGCUUUCGAGGUAUAAAGAGACUCGCAUUGCCGUCGUUCGCCUCAGCUCCCCAGCUCUCAGAUUCUAACCACCUACUUUCGAGUCGCUAUGCUUCUCAGCCAACCCUUCGUCACCCUCGUCGCCCUUGCACUCGUCGUCUCGGCGACGCCUGUCGUCCGUGACACGCCAACGAUCACACUGCCAAUCGCGAAGCACUUCAACACGACCGGUACGCUCAAGCUGCUUGCGCAGGAUCAGGCUCGUGCGAAGUGGCUCAAGUCUCGUACCAAGGGCGAGCACCUUGCUGAGCGUGAGGGAAGCCUCCCUGUCACCAACACUGCUACAAGCUAUACUGCUGAGGUUGGCGUCGGUGACCCUGCCACGACCUACAAUCUCAUCGUCGACACCGGUAGCUCGAACACCUGGGUCGGUGCCGGCUCCAAGUAUGUCGCGACUUCCACUAGUAAAAACACCGACAAUACGGUGUCCGUCUCCUACGGCUCUGGAUCUUUCUCUGGCGAGGAGUACACCGAUCAGGUCACUCUUGGCAGUCUUGUCAUUAAUGAUCAAUCCAUCGGUGUAGCAUCGCAGUCCGAGGGCUUCCAAGGUUCCGAUGGUAUCUUGGGCAUUGGCCCUGUCGAUCUAACUGAGAACACUGUCAGCAACACUGGUGCAGUCCCUACCGUUACCGAUAACCUGUUUUCGCAGGGCCUCAUCCCCGCUUCGGUUGUUGCUGUCUAUUUUGAACCGACUACCCAAGAGAGCGUGACGAAUGGUGAGCUGACUUUCGGUGGUACCGAUUCGAGCAAGUACACUGGCGAUAUCAACUACAUCCCUUUGACGAGAACUUCGCCCGCUUCCCAGUACUGGGGCAUCGACCAGUCCAUCACCUACGGCAGCACAAGCAUACUGUCCAGCACUGCCGGCAUUGUCGACACUGGCACUACCCUCACUCUCAUUGCUACUGAUGCAUUCAAGAGUUACCAGGCGGCCACGGGGGCUGUCUUGGACAAAAACAGCGGCUUACUCCGAAUUACGAGCUCGCAGUACCAAAGCCUCCAGAGUCUGAAUUUCAACAUUGGCGGUGUCACUUAUGAGCUCAGUCCGAAUGCUCAGAUAUGGCCUCGUUCCCUCAACACAGCUAUCGGUGGUAGCUCGGGCGACAUCUACCUCAUUGUUAGCGAUCUCGGCAGCAACUCUGGCGAGGGCCUCGACUUCGUCAACGGCCAGACUUGGUUGGAGAGAUUCUACUCUGUCUAUGAUACCGACAACCAACAGCUCGGCUUAGCUACUACCCCAUAUACUGAUGCGACCAUAAACUGAAAACAAGACACGAGAGUCUAGGAAUUGUAGUUUUGUGUUUUUACUCGAUCAGCGAGACUUUGGGCUGCCUAGCUGGCAGCCGUAUCUGAAUUUAUGCAUCAAACUGCCAGCUAUCCUUCGCUAGAGCCUCCAUAGCCUGUGUUGCGGACUCUUUUGGCACAAGAACAUAGUCGGUAUUCCUAGCAGCAUGACAUCAAG